GAAGCGGCCUCGUCGGCCCUGCGGCGCCUAGAGCCCUGACGCACGGAGCUCGAAAGAGAGAGAACGAGAGAGAAAGGGGCAGACAUGGCGGCUCCGCUCGGCUCCCGCUGAGGACGGCCGAGCGGGCGCAGGGUCUGUGCGGCCCGCCUGCAGCCUCGCUCCCGCCUCCUGCUCCCCGCCUCCUCGCGCCGCCGCCGGCUCCUGCUCCGCUCUUGCUUGUCGUGGCCUGCGUCCCGGAGAGGCAACGCGAGCCGGCCCGGCAAGGCUCCGCUGGCCCCUGCCCGCCGGCGGGCCGGCCUUCCUCGCCUCUGCCCGGAGCGGCGGGCGCGGCGUGGACCCGGUCCCCCUGGCUGGACCAUGGUGAACACCCGGAAGAGCUCUCUGCGCCUUCUCGGGUCCAAGUCUCCUGGGCCUGGGCCUGGGCCUGGGGCCGGAGCGGAGCCGGGGGCGACAGGAGGCAGCAGCCAUUUCAUCUCCUCUCGGACCCGCUCCUCCAAGACGCGCGCGGCCAGCUGCCCCGCCGCCAAGGCCGGGGGAAGCGGCGGAGCCCUGGAAGAGGCCCGGAAAGCUGAAGUGGACGGUAGCUUAAGUGAUAGCCACGUAUCUCCUCCAGCCAAACGCACUUUGAAACAGCCAGAUUCUGUUUGCAAAGACAAAUCAAAAUCACGAAGUACUGGUCAGCGAGAGGAAUGGAACAUACCAACUGGUCAGGCCAGGUUAACUUCUCAGCCUGGUGCUACAUUACCAAACGGACACAGUAGCUUGUCCCUUCGAAGCCAUCCCCUUCGAGGGGAAAAGAAAGGAGAUGGCGACCUUUCCUGUAUAAAUGGUGACAUGGAAGUCAGAAAAAGUUGUCGGUCCAGGAAAAACAGAUUUGAAAGUGUGAAUCAGAGCUUAUUAUUUGACCAACUAGUAAAUAGUACUGCUGAAGCUGUAUUACAAGAAAUGGAUAAUAUCAAUAUCCGACGAAAUCGUCGAUCAGGAGAAGUAGAACGGCUUCGAAUGUGGACAGAUACAGAGUUUGAAAAUAUGGAUAUGUAUUCAAGAGUAAAAAGGCGAAGAAAAUCACUGAGAAGAAACAGUUAUGGGAUACAGAAUCAUCAUGAAGUUUCUACUGAAGGCGAGGAAGAAGAAUCUCAAGAGGAAGAUGGAGACAUAGAAGUUGAAGAAGCAGAAGGAGAAGAAAAUGAUAGGCCAUAUAACUUGAGACAAAGAAAAACAGUGGAUCGGUACCAAGCACCACCAAUAGUACCAGCUCACCAAAAAAAGAGGGAAAACACACUAUUUGAUAUUCACAGGUCUCCAGCAAGAAGAAGCCAUAUCAGGAGGAAGAAGCAUGCCAUUCAUAGUAGUGACACUACUUCUUCUGAUGAAGAACGCUUUGAAAGAAGGAAAUCAAAAAGUAUGGCAAGAGCAAGAAAUAGAUGUUUGCCUAUGAAUUUCAGAGCAGAAGAUUUAGCUAGUGACAUUCUCCGAGAACGGGUGAAAGUGGGUGCAAGUUUGGCUGAUGUUGAUCCGAUGAACAUUGAUAAAUCAGUGCGGUUUGAUAGCAUAGGUGGAUUGAGCCAUCAUAUCCAUGCUUUGAAGGAGAUGGUAGUUUUUCCACUUUUAUAUCCAGAAAUUUUUGAAAAAUUUAAAAUUCAGCCUCCAAGGGGCUGUUUGUUUUAUGGUCCUCCUGGCACAGGUAAAACCUUGGUUGCCAGAGCAUUAGCUAAUGAAUGCAGUCAAGGAGACAAAAAGGUGGCAUUUUUCAUGCGAAAAGGAGCAGACUGCUUGAGCAAGUGGGUUGGGGAGUCGGAAAGGCAACUUAGGCUUCUUUUUGACCAGGCAUAUUUGAUGAGGCCUUCUAUAAUAUUUUUUGAUGAAAUAGAUGGAUUAGCUCCAGUUCGCUCUAGUAGACAAGAUCAGAUCCACAGCUCUAUAGUGUCAACCCUCCUUGCUCUUAUGGAUGGAUUAGAUAACAGAGGCGAAAUUGUUGUUAUUGGUGCUACAAACAGACUUGACUCUAUAGACCCUGCGCUCAGGAGACCUGGUCGAUUUGACAGAGAAUUCCUUUUCAACCUGCCUGAUCAAAGGGCCAGAAAGCACAUCUUGCAGAUCCACACCAGGGAUUGGAAUCCAAAACUAUCUGAUGCAUUUUUAGGAGAAUUGGCAGAAAAAUGUGUUGGCUACUGUGGAGCUGACAUCAAGGCCCUGUGUACCGAAGCUGCGCUGAUCGCCCUUCGGAGGCGCUACCCUCAGAUCUAUGCCAGCAGUCACAAACUGCAGCUGGACGUUUCCUCGAUAGUGCUCAGUGCCCAGGACUUUUACCAUGCAAUGCAGAAUAUUGUGCCUGCUUCCCAACGUGCUGUGAUGUCUUCAGGACAGGCGCUGUCUCCCAUUAUAAGGCCAUUGCUAGAAAGAAGUUUCAACAAUAUUUUAGCAGUCCUCCAAAAAGUAUUUCCUCAUGCAGAAAUUAGCCAGAGUGACAAGAAAGAAGAUGUAGAAAGUCUGAUUUUAGAUGAUAGUGAAGAUGAGAAUACUUUAUCAAUUUUUGAGACAAGUUGUCACUCGGAAUCACCAAAGAAACCAUCACCAGCUGCUGCUGUCACUAAACCUUAUCUUCACUUUACAAUGUCACCAUAUCAUCAGCCAACCUCCUAUAGGCCUCGACUGUUGCUGUCUGGAGAACGAGGUUCAGGGCAAACGUCUCACCUUGCUCCAGCACUUUUGCAUACACUAGAAAGAUUCUCUGUGCAUCGGCUUGAUCUCCCAGCACUUUACUCAGUCAGUGCCAAAACACCUGAAGAGUCCUGUGCACAGAUAUUUCGAGAAGCUCGGAGAACAGUACCCAGCAUUGUUUACAUGCCUCAUAUUGGUGACUGGUGGGAAGCUGUCAGUGAGACUGUGAGAGCAACUUUUCUGACACUGCUGCAAGAUAUACCAUCCUUUUCACCUAUAUUUUUAUUGUCUACCUCGGAAACCAUGUACAGUGAGCUGCCUGAAGAGGUUAAGUGUAUCUUUAGAAUACAGUAUGAAGAGGUGUUAUAUGUUCAAAGGCCUAUUGAAGAAGAUCGAAGAAAAUUUUUCCAAGAACUUAUUCUCCAUCAGGCAUCAAUGGCACCACCACGAAGGAAACAUACUGCUCUUCGUGCUAUGGAAGUACUUCCACUCGCACUACCUUCUCCUCCUCGUCAGUUAUCAGAAUCAGAAAAAAAUCGCAUGGAAGAUCAGGAGGAAAAUACAUUGAGAGAGCUGCGGCUGUUCCUCAGGGAUGUUACCAAGAGGCUGGCCACAGAUAAACGCUUUAACAUCUUCAGCAAACCGGUGGAUAUUGAAGAGGUUUCAGAUUAUCUUGAAGUAAUCAAAGAACCAAUGGAUUUAUCAACAGUAAUAACUAAAAUCGAUAAACAUAAUUACCUAACGGCUAAAGAUUUCCUGCAAGAUAUUGACCUCAUCUGUAGCAAUGCUUUAGAAUACAACCCUGAUAAGGACCCUGGAGACAAAAUUAUUAGACACAGAGCUUGUACCUUGAAGGACACUGCACAUGCUAUCAUUGCAGCUGAACUGGACCCAGAGUUUAAUAAACUCUGUGAAGAAAUUAAGGAAGCAAGAAUAAAAAGAGGCUUAUCAGUGACAGCAGAACAAAUAACUCCUCAUGGCGCUAGUGCCCGCAAGACAGAGACUAGAGUGGAGGAGGCAUUUCGGCACAAACAGAGAAACCCAAUGGAUGCCUGGCACAACUCUGCAAAUAAGUGUGCGUUUCGAGUUCGAAGAAAAUCAAGGCGGCGAUCACAGUGGGGUAAAGGAAUUAUUAAGAAAAGGAAAGUCAAUAAUUUAAAGAAAGAUGAGGAGGAUACCAAGUUUGCAGACUAUGACCAUACAGAGGACAGGAAGCUGCUGGAGAAUGGAGAGUUUGAGGUAAGCACUGAUUGCCAUGAGGAAAAUGGAGAAGAGACUGGAGACUUAUCUAUGACCAAUGACGAAUCUUCAUGUGACAUUAUGGAUAUGGACCCGGCUCAAAGGCUGAGUAGUGGAGCAGGCACUAAAGAGAACUUUGCAUCAACUGAAGAGGAAAGUUCAAAUGAGUCUCUGCUCGUCCACAGCAGCAGUUCCCUCAAUCCUGAGCAGACAUCUAGGAAAGAGUCCUUCCUUAAAGGCAACUGUCUGAAUGGCGAAGCCUCCGCUGACAGUUUUGAUGGAAUUCCUGUUCUGGAGUGUCAGAAUGGCAAAGGUCCUGAAAUAGUUCCUGUCCCUGGUGCUGGAGAAAUAUCUAAUUCUGAACAAAAUAUUCCUUUGGAGGAACAGCUAAAAGACAAACCAGGAACUUCAAAUGAAAAUCAUGGAGAUGAUCCUGAGAAACUAGAAGUACUGGAAGGUAGCAGCAGUGAGAAGAUCGAAUCUGGUCCUGAUGUGGAGGUCAAAGACACAGAAGUGGAUAAAGAAGGUGCUUCUAAAGUAAAGAAAUAUCGUAAAUUAAUUUUAGAGCAGGCAAAAACAACAAACCUGGAACUGGUUCCAGAAGAGCCAUCUGAGCCUGUGCCACCUGUGGUAGUUGAUCAGGAGAGACUGAAGAAGUUGCUUGAUUUGUUGGUAGAUAAAAGCAACAACUUGACAGUUGAUCAACUUGAGAGAUUGUAUUCCCUUCUUAGUCAGUGCAUCUACCGCCACCGUAAAGAUUAUGACAAAUCGCAGCUUGUAGAGGAGAUGGAAAGAACAGUUGAUAUGUUUGAGACAUUCCUAUGAACUUCUCAAGAUGGCGGCUUAUCCUCUCCAAUCUGCUCCUGAUGAGCAGUCCUCUGAGCCAUUCACUUUCAAGUUGCACCAGUUGUGCGCAGAGCCUUGGUGUAGAGUGCUCGCUCACCCGUUCUUUCUCUGUUGAAUUUGGUGCUAUUGUCUCAGGUACCUGAAACCAACCAGCCUACAAGAACCAAACAAAACUUCAGAAACAUGUUGUAUUUUCCACAAAUAAAAAAUACAACCCCACAGCUUGGAGAUUUUGGUGCUACAGAAACUGCUUUUGCUCUGCUCCUCUCUUCUGCACUCUUGGAGAGUCUCUUAGGGAGCAGACCAGCAAACCAGAGGAAACUGGACGGGGCAGUUCUAACUGUGCUGAAUUGUUGAAAACCAUGGGCGACCGUUUCCCCCUCUUCUUCUUUUUCUCUUUCCUAGCAUAUCCCACCCCCGCCCCACCCCGGGUAAUGGACUAAAACCUGUUUUAGAAUUGGCUAUGGUGUAUUCUGGUGGACAGCUGAAGAAACUGGGUGAAAUUAGGCUCUUUAGAACUGCCUGUAAUGUGCCUUUUUAUUCCUUUGAGAAAGAUGAGGCUGAACGGAUGGGCUCAUUUGUAGCAAAUUAAUUAGAGUUUUUCUUUGGUCACAACCUUGAAAAUAAGUUUUGAUACUCGAUGUUGUAAGAGACAACAGUAUUCUGUAUUAAAUGCCUGUCUUGUUGUCAAAACAAUCAAGAUACUCAGUAAGCCAGGUAAUAUGCUAGGUUGGCAAGCUUUCCUGUGGUUUGUUUCUAGUUUAGAAACACAUGCUAAAACAGCAACAAAUUAUACACAGUCCACAAAAACCCCACGUAUUUUUUCAUAUUACCUACAAUGAUGACCAGAAAAUAAAUAGAUGGUGGCCAGUCUUCUGUCAGAUGCAAUUUAAUAGUUAUUCAUGUUUGAGUUACCAGAGAAAAAUGGUUUUCAUGUAUAGUCAAUUGUUACUGUUUUGUUUUAAGCCAGGACUUGCCACAUGAACAGAAAAGAGAGGAAUUUGUCAGAAACUCUGUAAAACUCAUUUUUCUGUAUAAUUGCAAGCGAGCCCUGGUAUGUCCUUGAUAACAGUGUUAGCACCUAAGUCCUGUGCCAUGCGUCCAUCUUCACAGUGAUUCAGUUUGUUUGGAGUCCUUCUAGAUCUUGUUGAGUGAUUUCUGUGGAUUGUG